AUGGAGAACAUGGGGCAGGCGCAUGGCAUCGAUAAAGACGAGCAGCUAUUCGACUUUGAUCCCUACGAGGGCUCGAGUACAUCAUCCGACCCGGCACCUACCCAAGUGCUGGGAGAGCGGGCCGCGGCCGAUGCAGUAUGGGGUGUGAGUGAACUUGAGUGGUGCGCUGAGAAAGGGAAGGGGUCGACGAGCAUUCCGAUGCCUGCACGCUCUGCCGCGGUCGAGCACGAUGUCUUUGACACUGCGCCCGACGGCGCUACUAACCGAUCGCUCGAUGUUCCAUCGUCCUCUCUAUCACCACCCACGGGGUCUCGAAGUCACUCGGCUUCUGUAGAGCAUGUGCCCACAGAACACGAUGACAUAUACUCCGACAGCGAGGUGGUAGGAACUAGUAAAGGGAAAGGGAAGGAGAGGGAACAACCUCCAACCCUCCCCCCUCUAGAUUUCACCCCUACCGAGCUCGGAGGAUACGAUGCCUCGAAUUGGCCCUCUACCAGCUUCUCCCCUUCUUCACCUGGACCUUCCUCAUAUGGAUCUGGUUAUGCCUCGCUGAACAAUACCACCAAGGCCGUGGAACAGCUGCCGUCCAUCGUUGCAACGAUACAGCCCUCUGUAGCAGCAGUGGCCAGCGAUUCUCCUGCUUUGACUCGGAUGCCCUCUCGGCGCCGCUCUCUGUCCCAUAUACCUACGCACCCUCCGCGCAGCGAAACUUCGCGACCCAUGUCUGGGGCUAGAUUGAGACUCGGGUCACCGAAGCCGACCGGAAGCCUCGCACGUAAGCUAUUCAAAAAGAGAGACGAAGCUGCGAGUCCCGUCUUGCGAAAUUCCCAAAUAAUUGAUUCUGAUGGCGUCCAUUCGGGACAGGGUAACUGUUUCAUACCUUGGUACGGAGACUUCAAGCCAUCGCCCAACUCCCAAAUUAUUUCGUCUUUGAGCAACAGUCUAGAGCUAGCUAUCGAUCUCGACCAACAGAAACUACCGCUUUACCACACCACGCCCCGGGCUAAGGGGCGGUCGAAUUCGUCACCCUUUCCAAUUUCUGCUCUUGACCUCGUCGUCCCCUCUUCGAACGAUAUUUUCGCCCCUAUACCCCUGAUUAUCAGAAAUUACUUCGAUGAAGCCUUACCCAGGGAACUCAAAUUAUAUAUUUUUCAAGCACUCGUGCAUUUGCAUGAGGAAGACUACUCUAGGGCGGUCCGUGAUGGAACAUGGUCCAUGAUGAAGGCCUCAUCGUCGAAGGGCCGAUGGGUGGGCCGAGAUAGGGGGGCCAGGGAGUUAGUGAAACUUAGUCGAGUAUCUCGUUUGUGGCAAAGUAUCACCCUAGACGGCCAACUGUGGGUUGAUCUCGAUCUCAAGGCAUUCCCCGCUAUGCCUACCUCCCUCAUCAAGCGGUUAGCCGAGACGGGCGGUCGCUUCAUCAGAAGUGUUGACCUUGCUGGCAAUGGUCACAUUUCAUCUGCGGCGUUGAUUUCUCUGGCGGACAGUCUCUGCCUUGACGCCACCCCGACAAGCCCGCUUGCAUACACGCAAUUAACCACCGUUAACCUUCAAGGAUGCUCAGCUCUGACAACACGUUCACUGCACCACCUUCUUAUUCGUUCGCCAUCGUUGCAGAAGCUCGUAUUGAAGGGGCUUCAGGCAGUCACGAAUAUGACACUCGAGAUCUUGGCUGUUUAUUGCCGGCGCUUGACUAUCCUCGACGUUAGUCGCUGCGCAAAUAUGGAUGCCGAGGGUGUACGCUCUAUGGCCAAGGCCUUCGUAACGCGCGGCGACCACCUUUUAUUGAAGACACUUCGCCUUUCGGGACUUAAGUAUGCUACCGACAACAUGAUGGCGGUUCUCGGCAGAGCGGCGCCCUUCUUGGAAGUCCUCGACCUUAGCUACGCUCGACAACUUCACAAUUCUGCUUUGGAGGCGUUCGUCGCCUGUAACGACACCGACACCGAGGAAGAGCUGGGAGUGAAGAUUGUAACCCUGACCGCUAGGGAAAUCGGGCGGGAAUCGACCGACUACAACAAAUGUCGUAGGCGCGUUACUCGGCUUCGACAUCUUUGCCUGUCUUCUUGCAUCCUUCUGACGGACACAGCGUGUGCCAACCUCGCCCACUCCGUGCCGAAGCUAGAGUUCUUGGAGCUCGCAGGCAUAUGCACCUCUUUGAAGGACGAUGGCCUGGUCACCCUUCUCAACACUACUCCUUUGAUUCGCCGCCUGGACGUCGAAGAUGCGGUCGAACUCACUGAUUCCUUCCUCGCUGCAAUAACCCCGGCCUCUCCAGAGGCUCGCGCUUCCGCAUCAGCCUCCGCUCCAGUCGUGCAGACCGGACAAAUGCUGGAACACAUCAUCAUAUCUUCCGCUAGCGAGAUGAGCAACACCGCUUUGGCUGCUCUAGUUCGCAACUGCACGCGUUUGCGAGUCUUGGAGGCAGAUGCGACGAACAUCAGUUCUAAUGUCGUGAAGGAGUUCGUACGCCUCAGCCAGAAGCGACAUAUGAUUAAUGCCAAAGUCGUCGCCGUCGACUGUCGGGCUGUGAGCGAGUCGAUGGUGCGUUCGCUGACCACAUUGACACGCCCGCGCCUUGGGUGGAGGGCUCAUGAGGCGAGGAGGUUGCGGUUCUUAGACGCCAGAGAUACUCGAGAUGGUGUAACCGAGGAACUGAAGAUCGGGCAAGACGAAUGCGAUGAGGAGCGUGUUGUGAUUAAGACGUUCUAUUCUUGGCAAACGGUGGACGCUGUUCGUGCUGAUAGGGAGAAACGGCGCAAGCGCCAAGCACGUCGCACGGCCAACGAGUCGGGAGGGAGCUUCGUUACGGACGAUGAGGAUGGCAACUCAGGCGAUGCAACCAAUCGAACUUUGAGAUGGUGGUCUCCCAAUGGAACUCGACGCGGAUUUUCCUCUACUGGCCCAAACUCGCCGCUUAUAGGCGACAUGGCCAAUGACGGUUGUAGACUAAUGUAA